AAUUUUUUUAAAUCAGCGGCAAAUCUUUUGAUAUUGGGGGUUUCGUAUAUUUCUUGUGGAAGUUUUGUUUAUUUUCUCGAUCAAAGUGAAUAUUUUGAAAUACAGGUACUUGAAGAUGCCUAGCGAAACAAUGGAUGUUCCAAAAACCGGAUUCAGUUUCGACUUGUGUAGGAGAAACGAUAUGCUGGCGAAGAAAGGAUUAAAAUCUCCAUCUUAUUUGAAGACGGGAACGACCAUCGUUGGUUUAAUUUUUGAGAAUGGUGUCAUUCUUGGAGCUGAUACUAGAGCAACAGAAGGCCCCAUUGUUGCUGACAAAAAUUGUGAAAAGAUUCAUUACAUGGCACCAAACAUAUAUUGCUGUGGAGCUGGAACUGCUGCUGAUACAGAGGCUGUUACAGACAACAUCAGCUCUCAGCUGAAGCUGCACAGAUAUCAUACUGGUCGUGAAUCAAGGGUUGUAACAGCUCUUACACUAUUGAAGUCCCAUCUUUUUCGCUACCAAGGUCACGUGUCUGCUGCUUUGGUGCUUGGUGGGGUUGAUGUGACAGGCCCACAUCUGCAUACAAUCUACCCUCAUGGAUCAACUGACACACUCCCAUAUGCCACAAUGGGUUCUGGGUCUCUUGCUGCGAUGGCCAUUUUUGAAUCAGAGUAUCGUGAAGGGCUUACUAGGGAUGAAGGAGUGAACCUGGUAACCAAGGCCAUAUGCUCUGGCAUAUUUAAUGACCUAGGAAGUGGAAGCAAUGUAGAUGUCUGCGUGAUAGAAAAGGGUAAGAAAGAAUACCUGCGGAAUCACCUGACUCCAAAUCCCCGCACUUACAUCAGUUCAAGAGGCUAUACAUUUUCCAAGAAGGCUGAGGUCUUGCUCACGAAGAUUACACCACUGAAAGAGCUGGUUGAAGUAGUUGAAGUUGGUGGAGAUGCCAUGGAAGAAUGAGGUGCAAUCAAAAGAACCUUCCCAGCAAAUUAUGUGGUGCUUUUAUGUAAGAUGAGUUGCUUCCAAGGUCAAAUUAUUAUUAUCAAAAGAUACAAUUUGUAUGCAGUUGAUUCAUGUUUAUAUAAUAUUUUGAAGUUUCUCACUUAUGGGAAAUUUAACAGCCUCUUGCUCAACUAGUUGUAAUUUCCACAUUUGGUCCAAAUUUAAAUGGGUAAAUUCAAUCAGUCAUCAGAAUC